AUGAGCGCCGCCUUCCCACCAUCCACGAUGCGGCCAGCACACAACUUCGACCGAAAGGUGGAAGACAUGAAGCCCAGCAAGAGUGAUAUCAACUGGGUCAUCAUGGACUACCUCGUCUCCGAAGGCUACCCUGGCGCCGCUGAAAAGUUCGCCCAGGAGACCAACAUCUGCUCGCCCGAGGACGUCGACAGCAUCAGAGAGCGCGUCACCAUCCGCAACUCGAUCCAUGCUGGCAGGCUGGACGAUGCCAUACAGAUGAUCAACGACGUUGAUACAGAGAUCCUCGACCACAAUCGAGCUCUCCACUGGAACUUGCUGCAGCUUCAGCUCAUCGAGAUCAUUCGACCCAUCCUGAAGACAUACGGCGGCACGAACCCUCCCUCCAGCGAGUGGGUACCCGUACUCCAGUUCGCAACCGAACAACUCGCACCCCAAGCACCAACCCACCAAGACUACCAAACAGCGCUCAACAACACCAUGGCCCUGACCAUCUUCUCGGAAGACAAGAUGCCCGCCGAGACGAAACAGCUGCUGGACCUCAAGCUGAGGGAAACUGUCGCCAACAGGGUCAACAAAGCUAUACUAGAAAGCAGAGGACAGCGAUCAGAGGCAAAGAUCAGACAGCUUGUCCGUGCAAGAGCAUGGGCAGAAGCACAAGCACGAGAGGCAAAGGUCGACCUGCCGGCCUUCCCUAUACCCAUUGGCCUGGAGCCUGCCGGCGAGGCCAUGGUCUCGUGA